UGACCUAGCCUCCUUUCCAUAGGCCUUGUUCUCAGUCUGCUAGCAAACAACAGAGCAGUGGAGCAGAGCCUCUUGCAUAGAGGCAUCGUCACAACAACUUUGUAAAGAAAAAAAAUAUUUCUUACUUGUAUCCCCUGUUAGUUUAGUUCACUAAUAAGUGUAUGUGGAGCAGCGGUGAGCGUGGAGGAGCUCGUCUCGGACCUGGAGCACACUAGUUAGCAUCAGCACUGUUAGCCUCACAGCUAACCUGCAGCUGGUCUCUGCUAGCUAGCUUCCAUGAAUGAAGCAACCCGACCCCGGCUGCUAACAUGCUGUAAACACCACUGAGCAGCUGGUCUGCAGUUAGCUAGUCGGCCGCUCGUCUAAGAAGGAAUCCAACAGAAUGACAGAGGAUGCCGUCCUGCUGAAUGUGCCUGUGAUUCGGCAGCUGUACCACUGGGACUGUGGCUUAGCCUGCUCCAGGAUGGUCCUCAAGUACCUUCAUCCAGUCAGUGACGAGGAGUUUCAGAGAGCAUGCUGGGAUCUCAAGCUGACAGAAAGUGUGUGGACUAUUGACCUGGCCUACCUCAUGUGCCAUUUAGGAAUCAAACACUGCUUUUGCACGCAGACUCUGGGUGUUGAUAAGGGCUUCAGGAAUCAGUCCUUCUACAAGAAACACUUUGAUACAGAAGAAGACAGAGUGAAUGAGCUCUUCCUCAAAGCAGAGAGCAAUAGUGUGGUGGUGAAGAAAUGCUCUGUGACGGUUCAGGAAAUCCAGUCUCAUCUGGAGCAGGGCCACGUUGCUAUAGUGCUGGUCAACGCCGUGGUCUUGACAUGUGAACUCUGCUCCUCGCCCGUCAAGUACUGCUGCUUCCUGCCUGUGGGCCAGAAGUGUUUCUGCAGGAAGCCGGAGUACCAGGGUCAUUUUGUGGUAAUGUGCGGCUUCAACAGGACCACUGGCUGUGUUUUCUACAACAACCCUGCGUAUUCUGACCGAGUGUGCUGCACCAGCAUCAGUAACUUUGAGGAGGCUCGGCGGAGCUAUGGGACAGACGAAGAUAUCCUGUUGAUCUUUAAGGAGAGUUGAUGGACGUCGAUGAUGGGUUUGGAUUUCACUCUUCCUCAGCUCAUCGUUGUAGUGACCUGAUGCUUGCCCGGUGGACAGUCUUGGACUAGCGGCUCCCCCCGUUGUCGCAGAUCGCCAGGGCCGUCCUCUCCGGUGCUAAUAAGCCCAACUGCUCACAUGACUGCUGCACAUUCGCCGCUCUUAUUCCCUCUUCACACAGUCAAUACCACUCGAUCAUUGAAGGAUUAACAGCCGGGAGUUUCAAUAAGUUUUAUUUUUUUAAUCCACUUCUUUGAGAUUAGUCCAAAUGAAUUUUACCGUGUCUUUAUUGAAUUUUAAUGACCGAUAUUGGAGCUAUUGAAAUCUCACGCUGUGAGUAAUUCAGACUUGUUGAAACUACAGUGGAUGAAAUGUGGGAAUCAUGACACAGAAUAGGAAUUACCCGGAAAUAGUGUGCACAUAAUUCAGGGCAGAUAAUGACAACGUUUUAGUAUAUCCAAUUUAUUUGUCCUGUCCAGUGUUGACGUCCUGAAGAGCAUCACCUCCACUUGCCUUUAAAAAAAAAAGAAAAAUCCUCCUAACUCACCUCUCCGUCGCUUUUUAUUCUGAUGAUUCUAUCAACAGGGAAUACAGGAAGUAGUUGUGUUUUGAGAGCCUCAGGUAAUUAAUGCCCUAAAGUGUGACAUGUGCAUUAAAUGACAGCAAGUUCAAUGCAAUACUCCAUAGUGUGUCUAUGGAACUCAAUCUGCCUGCAGAAGAACAUGGACAAUGGAUUGGCAUACUGACACUUGAACUCACCUGUUUCAUUCACUUCACUGGGAAAAAAAACAGCUCAACGUGUUGUGUUUUAGUGUCGUGGCGACAUGCUGGAUAGACGGAUCCAUCGGACGGUUGUCUUGACCGCGUGGCAGAUCAAAGGUGUCAUUUUGGACUCACGUUCUCUGUGGAAAGUGGUGAAGACUAGGUCAUUUCCUCAUGGUCACACUUUUAUUCUUUAAUUUAGGAAUUAUGUAUUAAGUUUUUGCACUACACUUUUCAAAGCAGACAUAAUUAUGUGUUAUUUAAAUUAAAAAAAUAUGAAAUUGCUGUUCUU